GUCCCGGCCCCCCUGCCCCGGCAGGCCCUCGUGCCCACGCGCCCGCCCGUGGGACCCCAGGAUCUGCGGCCAGCGCGCGGGCCUCCGCCCCCUCGUCACUCCCGCGCCAGGCCCGGCGGGGGCCAAGGGGACCGGACCGCCGCGAGUGAAGCGCCGUGUCUGCAGUGUGGGCGGGGGCCGAGAGGGGCCGGGGCUGCCGCGCCGGGAGCUGCCGCGGUUCCGAGCGGGGCCCAACAUGGCGGAGCGGGAGGUGGAGACCGGCCCCCGAAAGAGGUUUGAACAGAAAAGUGAUGCAGUUUUUGAUGAAAUUGUAGAAAACUGUGGUGUCAUGGAUACAGAAAUGUCUGAAGACACAGACCACAACUUAACUCCCACCCUUGCCAGCAUGUCUUAUGGAAUGCCGAGUCAAACAGGAUCUGAAAAUUCAUUGCUGGAUGAAGAUGAUUAUUUUUUGAACUCUGGGGAUCUUGCAGGAAUUCCAGUCGUUAGUAGUGACAAUGAGGAUGAACAGGAUUUUAGUUCAAAGGACAAUCUUGUUUCUUCAGCUCAUACUGAUGGUAGUUUGGAGAUAGAGAGAAGAGCUUCUCAUCAUGAAUCAGACAAUGAAAAUGAAAUACAAAUUCAAAGUCAAUUAAAAAAAGACUUUCCUAAACAGUUUGAUCAGGUUUCUGUCUUUAAAUCAAUACGAAAAGAUUUUUGUUUAGUGAGAGAAAACAGCAAAGAGACAUUUUCUGGAAAGGAGAAAAAUAGAGACCUAACUUAUCAUGAACGCGAAAAACGAUUGGAUAAACCCCAUAAAGGUUUGGAUUCAAGGUUGAAAAGCAGUUUUUUUGAUAAAGCAGCUAAUCAAGUUGAAGAAACAUUACAUACUCAUUUACCACAAAACCCAGAAACAAACUUUAGGGACUCCAGCUACCCAUUUGCCAAUAAAGAAUCCAUUGGUUCGGAACUGGGGAAUUCGUUUGCAUCAAAUAUUAGAAUUAAAGAAGAACCUUUGGAUGAUGAGUAUGACAAAGCAGUGGCGCCUCAGCAGGGACUACUAGACAGAGUUAAAGACGAACCUGACAAUGCUCAAGAGUAUGGUCAUGGCCAACAGCAAAAAACUCAAGAGGGGGAACUGAAAAUUAGUGCUGUGUUUUCAGUCAGUGGCAGUCCUCUUGCUCCACAGUUGACUACUGGCUUUCAGCCUUCUCUGGCAUCACCUGGCAUGAAUAAAAUGCUUCCUUCAGUUCCAGCCACAGCUAUUCGAGUUUCCUGCUCUGGUUGUAAAAAAAUCCUCCAGAAGGGACAGACUGCUUAUCAGAGGAAAGGGUCAACUCAGCUUUUCUGCUCCACCCUGUGCCUCACGGGAUACACAGUGCCGCCUGCCCGCCCUCCGCCUCCUCUCACCAAGAAGACUUGUUCCAGUUGCUCAAAAGACAUUUUAAAUCCAAAGGAUGUGAUCAGUGCCCAAUUUGAAAAUAGCACCACCAGUAAGGAUUUUUGCAGUCAGUCAUGCUUGUCAACAUAUGAACUGAAAAAAAAGCCCAUUGUUACCAUAAAUACAAAUAGCAUUUCAACCAAGUGCAGCAUGUGUCAGAAGAACGCUGUUAUUCGACAUGAAGUUAAUUACCAGAAUGUGGUUCAUAAGCUCUGCAGUGACGCCUGUUUCUCUAAGUUCCGCUCUGCUAACAACCUCACUAUGAACUGUUGUGAGAACUGUGGGGGUUACUGCUAUAGUGGCUCUGGACAGUGCCAUGUGCUUCAGAUUGAGGGACAGUCUAAGAAGUUUUGUAGUUCAAUGUGUGUCACCUCAUACAAGCAGAAAUCAGCCAAAAUAACACCAUGUGCGCUUUGCAAAUCAUUGAGAUCCUCAGCAGAAAUGAUUGAGAAUACCAAUAGCUUGGGGAAGACAGAGCUUUUCUGUUCUGUUAAUUGCUUAUCUGCUUACAGAGUUAAAAUGGUUACUUCCGCAGGUGUCCAAGUUCAGUGUAACAGUUGUAAAACCUCAGCAAUCCCUCAGUACCAUCUAGCCAUGUCAGACGGGAGCAUACGCAACUUCUGCAGCUACAGUUGUGUGCUAGCUUUCCAGAAUUUGUUUAACAAACCAACUGGAAUGAAUUCUUCAGUAGUGCCCUUGUCUCAGGGCCAGGUGAUCGUGAGCAUCCCCACCGGUUCAUCAGCAUCUGCAGGGGGAGGGAGUACCCCAGCUGCCUCCCCUACCUCUGUCCACAGCUCCUCUGCGGCUGCUGGGCUCCAGAGGCUGGCUGCCCAGUCCCAGCAUGUUGGCUUUGCACGAAGUGUGGUGAAGCUUAGGUGUCAACAUUGUAACCGUCUCUUUGCCACAAAGCCAGAGCUUCUUGACUACAAGGGUAAAAUGUUUCAGUUCUGUGGCAAGAAUUGUUCUGAUGAAUAUAAGAAAAUCAAUAAUGUAAUGGCAAUGUGUGAAUACUGUAAAAUUGAGAAAAUUAUAAAGGAGACUGUGAGGUUCUCAGGUGCUGACAAGUCAUUUUGUAGUGAAGGUUGCAAAUUGCUUUAUAAACACGACUUGGGAAAACGCUGGGGAAGUCAUUGUAAAAUGUGCAGUUACUGUUUACAGACCUCUCCCAAACUAAUACAGAAUAAUUUGGGUGGAAAGGUGGAAGACUUCUGUUGUGAAGAAUGCAUGUCUAAGUAUACAGUUUUGUUUUACCAGAUGGCCAAAUGUGAUGGUUGCAAGAGACAGGGUAAACUCAGUGAGUCAUUGAAAUGGCGAGGUGACAUAAAACACUUUUGUAACCUGCUUUGCAUCUUGAUGUUCUGUCAUCAGCAAACUGUAUGUGACCCACCUUUACAAAACAAUACAGCAAGUAUUUCCAUGGUUCAAGCUGCUUCUGCGGGGCCCCCGUCCCUCAGAAAGGACUCGACUCCCGUUAUUGCUAAUGUGGUCUCUCUAGCAAGUGCUCCUGCUGCACAGCCCACAGCAAACGCUAACAGCGUCUUACAAGGUGCAGUUCCAACAGUAACAGCGAAAAUCAUCGGGGAUGCAAGUACUCAAACAGAUGCCCUGAAACUUCCGCCUUCCCAGCCGCCAAGGCUUUUGAAGAACAAAGCUUUAUUGUGCAAACCCAUCACACAGACUAAAGCCACCUCCUGCAAGCCACAUACUCAAAACAAAGACUGCCAGACAGACACUCCAAGUGAGCCCCAGGUUAUGGUGGUGCCAGUCCCUGUGCCAGUGUUUGUUCCCAUACCUCUUCAUCUUUACACCCAGUACACUCCUGUCCCCUUUGGGAUUCCAGUUCCUAUGCCUGUUCCCAUGUUUAUUCCAUCCUCUAUGGACAGUGAAGAGAAAGCCUCUGAGGGCACUGAAGACAUUAAGGAGAAACUUGCCACACAUCCAUUUGAGGCAGAUCUCCUUGAGAUGGCAGAAAUGAUUGCAGAAGAUGAAGAGAAGGAAAAGACUUUAUCCCAGGGAGAAUCUCAAACUUCUGAACAAGAACUCUUUCUAGACACCAAGAUAUUUGAAAAAGACCAAGGAAGUACGUACAGUGGUGACCUCGAGUCCGAGGCAGUAUCAACCCCACAUAGCUGGGAAGAAGAACUGAAUCAUUACGCCUUAAAGUCGAAUGCUGUACAAGAUGCUGAUUCAGAACUGAAACAGUUCUCCAAAGGGGAAACAGAACAGGAUCUGGAGGCAGAUUUUCCAUCAGAAUCUUUUGACCCACUUAAUAAAGUUCAGGGAAUCCAGGCACGUUCUCGAACAAGACGAAGACACAGAGAUGGCUUCCCCCAGCCCAGACGACGAGGGAGGAAGAAGUCUGUCGUACCUGUGGAGCCCAGGAGUCUUAUCCAAGGAGCCCUGCAAGGCUGUUCUGUGUCUGGGAUGACACUGAAGUAUAUGUAUGGGGUAAAUGCCUGGAAGAACUGGGUUCAGUGGAAAAAUGCCAAGGACGAACAAGGAGAUCUGAAGUGUGGGGGAGGUGAACAUGCCUCUGCUAGUCCCUGUUCUGACUCCUUAGGAAGUGCCCAGGACCAGGCUCUCUCUCAAGAAUCCUCAGAGCAAGGCUGUAAAGUCCGCUCUAUGAAACUGAAGGAAGAUAUUCUGUCCUGCACUUUUUCUGAGCUGAGUCUGGGCUUAUGCCAGUUUAUCCAAGAGGUGCGGAGACCCAAUGGUGAAAAGUAUGACCCAGACAGCAUCUUAUACCUGUGCCUUGGAAUUCAGCAGUACCUGUUUGAAAAUGGUAGAAUAGAUAACAUUUUUACGGAGCCCUAUUCCAGAUUUAUGAUUGAACUUACCAAACUCUUGAAAAUAUGGGAGCCUACAAUACUUCCUAAUGGUUACAUGUUCUCCCGCAUCGAGGAAGAGCACCUGUGGGAGUGUAAGCAGCUGGGUGCCUACUCGCCCAUUGUCCUGUUGAACACCCUCCUGUUUUUCAAUACCAAAUACUUCCAACUGAAGAAUGUCACCGAGCACUUGAAGCUCUCCUUUGCCCAUGUGAUGAGGCGGACCAGGACUCUGAAGUACAGCACCAAGAUGACGUACCUGAGGUUCUUCCCGCCGCCGCCACAGAAGCAAGAGUCAGAGCCAGAUAAACUAACUAUUGGCAAGAGGAAACGGGGUGAGGAUGAGGAGGCUCCAGUGGGCGUGGAGAUGGCAGAGAACACGGACAACCCGCUGAGGUGCCCUGUCCGGCUGUACGAGUUUUACCUGUCUAAAUGUUCUGAGAGUGUGAAGCAGAGGACUGACGUGUUCUACCUUCAGCCUGAGCGCUCCUGUGUUCCUAACAGUCCCAUGUGGUACUCCACAUUCCCCAUAGACCCUGGAACCCUGGACACCAUGUUGACGCGCAUUCUCAUGGUGAGGGAGGUACACGAAGAACUUGCCAAAGCCAAGUCUGAAGACUCUGACGUGGAAUUAUCAGAUUAAGAUGGAGGGAAGCUUCCUGCUUUCAUGCACACUGGUAGGCACCAAGCUGUGAAUGCACUCAGCUGUUGGAAAGAUGUUGAAAUCCAAGUUCUCUUGACUUGCUUAUUUGGUGGGAAAACAGACGGCUUCUGAGCCGUGGUGUUGCUGCAAAUGAAACCUGAGGGGAGAAGUGUGGAUGAAUUGGCAGGGAGAGUUCAUAGACAUCAUGAAAGACUAACCAGUUUCUGAGUGGUGCAUAGUCUUAUUUUCUUUGGGAAUAAGAAAUUAUGGAAUAUUUUUAAGGAAAACUGUUGUAUAAAAUUCUACCAUGGUAACCUUAGUUAGAAGGGGGUAGCUUUGCAGUGAGACCCUGGCCGCUGCAGUAGCUACUUGAGCAAGCUGUCCAUGCAAGGCAGGAGAGAGCAGAGCAGAGCUGAGAGUGCGUCAGAUGAGGACAGUGGGGCUCAGCCUGGAAGAGCCAAUAAAAAUACUCACGUUGUUAUGAAAAGAUAGUGGUCUGGAUUGAUUUUCACUGCCACCCUACUUAUGUGAAGGGUAGAAGCCUUUAGUCUUUUAACUGAAGGCCCCUCACAUCAGAGGACACGCCCUUCAUUACUGUCAGUGAGCCCCUUUUCACUAGGGUCCUGCUUUCUCAGCUCUGGGUAAUUUAAGGUAAGAAGGAUGAUAUUCCAGAAGCUAACUAUGUACACAGAAACUCUGUGGAGCCCAUUAGGCCCUGGUGUCUUGAAGUAUUUAUAGAGAACCCACUAAAAUGCCCACUCCUCUGGGUGCUGCUGUCCCGUGGCCUCAGCUGUGCUGCGCAGAAGUGGGGCCUCCCUUUGUGUCCAGUUUGCCCCCUGGCAGCCUUUCUUCCCUGUCUUACUUUUCUGUUCCCAAAUGACGCUGCUUGUCCUUCGUACCAGCUUCUGGAGGCCCUUGUCAUUUCAAAAGGAAUAAUCUGUCUCCAUAAUUCUGACAAAUGUGUGGGUGAUCCCACAAAGACACAGUAUUAUGUAGCUGUCCGAGUUACGGUAGGGAAAGUCGUCAUAGGUUUCCGUGUACAAGCAUUUGGAAGUUGACCUUAUUGCCCCAAGAAACUUGAAAGUUAGGAAUGCUGGGGCUGGAGCACGAGAUGAUUGACCUUACACAUCCAUGCAGUCUUCUCGCUGCAUUAUUUCAGAUUCUAGCUGUCUUAGUUCAUGAGGAUUGCAAGGCCUAGGUGUAUGUGACAUUACCAGGCUGUCUCCCGCAUCUCCAUUCUCAGUUUCUUUCCUACAAAAUUUUGAAUCAAGCUUUUAAUAAUGUUGGAUAAUUACUUAGCUUCUUUAAUUGAAGUUAAUCUAAGCUUACAGCAGAACUGAGAGAAGUCAUAAGCUUCUCCAAAGUGUCAUCUUAAAACUUCAGUAUGUCCCAUGUUAUAGGUGGGAGUAGCAACUUGUUUGUUUUGUUUUUUUUAAACAAAUAAAAGUCAUUUAAAUACAACAGAACUUUAAGAUGGGCCUUUGACAUUGUGUACUUGUGGUUCCGUCCCUCUGCUUGUAACAAAUAUCCUUUUUGUUACUAAAAAUUGUGUGAAAGAAGUAAAUCUGCCCUAGUCUGUAUGAUUAAUUCCAUCUGUGUUGUCGUUUCUGAUGGGGAAACGUCUUCCUUCCAGACCUCGAUUGGUUGGAGGAAGGCAGUUGGCCUGUCGAUAAGUCACCAAUAAACCAUCAGAAACACCAGGUGUCCAGUCCUGCUGUAUCAGUUUGAUUUGUGUAAACACUGACAUUUCCCACCUAUAGUUGUAUGGAAAACAAACACUGUUAGCUUAGUAGAUAAAUUGUUAUAAAAUACCAAAAAGGAAAAAAUAUAUGUUAUGAGGACAACUGCUACACGGAUAAAUGACUGUCAGGGCCUGAGCUGCAUGUCAGUGCAGGGCUUUCAGACCCUAGACUGAGUUUAAAAACUGGUUGAUCAUCAGUCAUUCCUCGUGAGUGUAGCUGUUUGCUGUGUCAAAUUAUUUACUUUUUCUAUUUUGUUUAAAUUGUGUAAAACCAUACUUACUCCCUCCUCCCUCUGGGGGAGUGAGGGAAAAAAACCCAAGAACUAGCGCCUGAGCUCUUCCCGUCCUUUAACUGUCUCUGGAUUCUCCCUUCGCAGGAACCACAGGGCUAUUCCCUUAGAAUAAAAUAGUAUAUUUGUAUUUGA